AUGUCAUUUCACUCUAGUGCGUCUGAACGAGUUUUACCACCCAUCAUGACACUUGACAAAUCGUCCUCUGUUUCCCAUUCCAAUAAUGGCGUGCCGGCACCAGUUUUGCCUCCAGUUUCUUGUCUCGCGCCUCCCAUACCUCCUCUACUCUCUCCGAUAACGCCACCACCCGAUUUUAACAAAAAUUCAUCUCGCAGUUUAACCUCUCUACACAUCUCACAAUCACAAUCUUAUAUUUCUCCUCCUCAGUCCGAACGUACGUCGCCGCAUUCUUCGGCUCACAGUCACUUUCAUUUUCAUAAUGACGCGCCAUCUUCUCAACAACAAUAUGUUGACCAGCAACAAUCGCAACCUUUCUCCCCCACAAGAGCUGCUGGCAGCGCGCCAUCACAAUUGGUCAUGUCCACAUCUCAUAUUACUCAUCCCUCACAUCAUUCCAAUCUAUUGGUGAGACCAAAUCACCAUCCUUAUUCUCAUCCCAUGUAUCAUCAAGGAAGGCCAGGGGUUGAUCCUGCUAGCGAAUUGUUGGCCGAAAAGCGACGUCGUAAUGCCGGUGCUUCCGCACGUUUCAGAGAUCGUCGAAAGCAACGUGAGAGAGAAAUGCAAGAAAAAUGUCAAUUUCUCGAAAGAAGGGUUCAAGAAUUGGAAAGUACGGAUAGUGCCAAACGUAUUGCUGAAUUAGAAAAGAAAUUGGAGGAUGCUAAUGAAGAAAAAAACGUUGCAAAUCAAAAAUUACAAGAAUUAGAGAAAGAG